ACCAUGAUAGAAAGAUAUGAUAUUCGAUGUGUUUACAUUAAAAAAACCAUGUGAUCAUAUAUCUUGUCUUGGCAUAUAUAAGCAAACCAGAUGCCCUUGUUCAUCUCCACCCUAAAAACUCAAAAGACUUGAAGUUUGAUUAGAUUCCUGAAAGAAAAAUGACGCUGAAAGUAUACUGUGAUCGAAUGUCCCAACCGUCUCGUGCAAUUCUCAUCUUCUGCAAGAUGAAUGGGAUAGAGUUUGAGGAAAUCACCAUUAAUAUCUUGAAGGGCGAGCAACACACCCCUGAAUAUAAAGUGAUAAAUCCCAUGUGUCAAGUUCCAACAAUAGUUGAUGGAGAUUUUACACUUUUUGAGAGUCACGCGAUUCUUAUACACUUAGCUUGUAAGUACCCGGGAGUGGCUAGUCACUGGUAUCCUAGUGAUCUUAUUGAAAGAGCCAAGGUCCACUCUGUUCUAGACUGGCAUCAUGCCAAUUUACGCCGUGGGUCAGUUGGAGUUAUUAUAAACAAUGUCAUGUUACCACUAAAUGGCGUCCCAUCAAACCCUCAAGCGGCCGAUGAAGCUGAGAAGACGCUUGAGAAAGCGUUGACUGUAUUAGAAACUUUUUGGCUAAAAGAUGGACCAUUUUUGGUUGGAAGAUCUCAACCAUCAAUUGCUGAUCUUAACUUAGUAUCUGAAGUCAUGGAACUUGAUCAGCUUCUGAGCAAGGAGCUUCGUGAUCGGAUCUUAAGUCCUUACAAGAAAGUUCUUCAGUGGGUUGAAGAUACAAAGAGUGCAACUGCGCCUCAUUUUGAAGAAAUCCACGGGGUUCUGUUUAAAACCGGGAAAGAAUUUCGAGAGCAGCUAGCAUCACAAUCUGGAAAGAAUGAGUAAAGUUGUGGAAUAUGAUAUCUUGAUCAUCCAAUAAGGUUUUAAAUUUCGGGUUGUGUCAAACAGUUGUGUGUUUGAAGGUUGAUUUUAUUUUGUCAUUAGCUAUUGAGGAUUUUGGAAACAAUGCAUAAAUUUGAGGUCCUUGGUGUU